UCUCUAAAUUAAGGGGGGUUACUUCGAGUUUCCCCUCUUUCUCGUCUCUCCCUUCCCCUUCUCCUUCCCCUUCCCUUUCUCUCUCCCAAGACGAACGAUAGAGACAUCGAAUAGUAACCCCGCAGGUGCUCGUGGUGAUCGCCGAUCACCAUCUCGCUUUCUGCAGUUUCGAUCCCCGAUAUCCGAUUUCGCCCUGCCGCGGUCCUCUCCGGAAGGGCCUAGGGUUCGGGAGAUCGGAGAUGGAUGAGGAGAACGAACUCGAGGAAGGCGAGGCAUGGUCGGGACGGGAGGACGACUCCUGCAUCGACCCUGAUGCAUUCUCCUACAUUGAUAAAAAGAUCCAGGAUGUACUGGGGCAUUUCCAGAAAGACUUCGAAGCUGGGCUUUCUGCUGAGAACUUGGGUGCAAAAUUUGGAGGAUAUGGUUCUUUCUUACCUACCUAUCAGCGUUCUCCUUUAAUUUUAAGUCAACCUAGAAGUGCACAAGAUGUUCCAAGUCAAAAUGUCACAAAAUCUCCCUACAAUCCAUCAGUCAAGGUUACAAACCCAAACGUUUCAGUUACCAUGAGCGCAUCUUGUUUGAAAAAUAACAGUGUUAUGGUGCCACCAGUGGACAACUCAUGCAAAAGGGACAUGUGCGUGAAUGAACCAUACAUUCAGGAGUCCAAUUCCCAACAUACUUCCUUAGAUAAACCAUCUAACAUUACUGACCAGAAACCACUGAAGGUUCGCAUCAAAGUGGGUUCUGAUAACACCUUGGCUAGAAAUAAUGUUACCAUCUAUAGCACUCUGGGCCUAGAUAUGUCUUCACCAUCAUCGUUUGAGGACAGUCCUCAUGGGAGCAUAGGGAUCUCCUCUGAAUUCCAAGAUUUGCCUGAUGAAUCUCCCAAGACUAUUUUCCAGGUUAUGACAUGUUUUGUGGUUCCUGGUGGCCUUUUACUUUCACCUCUUCAAGAAAGUCUAUUUCAAUUGGUUUUAAAAGACAAUUCUUUUGUCAACAAGGGCAAAAGAGGAAUGCUUUUCCAGGGAACGCCUGUAAUGAAUUCAGACUUUGCAUAUUAUUCUACAUGUUCAAGAGAAGUCAAAGGUCAGAUGGAGCAGCAAACGAAGUCUAGUGAGCACAAAGGAAGACCGAGAGUAAUUAAGAAUGCAGACGGAAAGAAUGAUGUAAACUUGAUUAGGGAAAUUGACAUUGAAACCCAAGGAGGACAAGAGCUUGCGCCAUCCUCUAUUUCGAACAAUGCAGAUAGAAAAGCAGAAAGACUGAUGGUUGGAAAUACUGCAAAGGAUGACACCAAGAUGUUGGAUCAUCAAUGGAAAAUGAAUGAGGCAUCAUUGAAGGGCAUAUCAACUUUUCCUGGUGCAGUAGAUGAUAAACCUUAUGACUUAAUUGAAAGUACAACAAAUAAUGAAAUUACUAAUUCAGGAAAUGAAAUAACCUGCUCAAGAGGGAAAUUGAAUUUAAGAGCAAGCAGGACAGAGAAAAAGUUGGAAGAACAAAAUUCAAACAAACAAAAGAAUGAUAACUCUGAGUUGCAGAAAGAAGUUAGAAGAAAAGUUGAUAAAGAUUUUGGUCCCUACUCAAAUGGACAAAAGAGAAGGAAUGGGCAAAUUACUGAGCCUGCUGAUCACAUUGAAUCCAAUUCUUUUCCACACAAGGAGAAGGCAAUGGGAAGAAAGGACCAAAUAUCUGACGGGAAAAAGAAGCCAAAAAGUCGAAUCAAUUUCAGAUCAUCAGGGGAGUUCUUGAAGGACAAUAUCAGCGGUAGCUCAUCUGCAGCACUGAAGGAAAGAAAGAAAAAUUCUCAUGCAAGGACAGACCAUGCUGAGAAGAAGUCUAAUGCUCUAAAAUCACAUAAACAGUCAAGUGGGGCUUCCUUUAGAGAAUUCCAUGGAAAUAUUAAAUGGGACAAUAAAUCUGAACCAUCGGAGAAUGAAGUUGGUUCACAGGAUUUUCAUUCAAAACGUAAAGGGAAGUCCAUGAAGCCUAAGCACGAGAAGUCCGUUGUGUCUACACAUACAUUCAAGGAAAAGUCAGGUUGUAAGAAGGUUGAGGAAACUUUAACCUCAGGAACAUUCAUUGAUGAACCAAUACUGACCCCUUUGACAUGCAAUGUCCUAGCUACAGAUGCAACUGUUGCCCCUCCAGCGCCUGCUAUUAUCAAUGAUGAGUGGGUAUGUUGUGACAUAUGCGGAAAGUGGCGUCUUUUACCAUAUGAGACCAAUCCUAGUGAUCUUCCCAAUACAUGGCAAUGCAAUAUGCUCAAUUGGUUGCCUGGGAUGAAUAGUUGUGAAAUCGGUGAGGAGGAGACAACAAAUGCCCUAAUUGCUUUGUAUUUACCCCUUGCCCCAGAAAACGGUGCUACCUUAGAUGGUUGUCACAAUGUUGCCAGUUCUAGCACCUCUUUUGCUGGUGGAUUGCCCCUUGGUCAGAGAAUUGAAGUUAAUAUUCAAAAUGUACAUGGUACUGGGAAGAGGAAAAACACAUUAAAGGAUGCUUCAGAUAUGCUAAGUCAUUCAACUCCUAAGUGCUUUCCAGAUACUGUAAACAGGGGCCAGCUGGCCUCUGUUAAAUGCGAAAUUUCAAAUGAGGCAAAUAAGCAUCAUCCUGUGGAAUUGAACUCAAUGAACAAAGUUGGCCUUGUUAAUGAAAGCAGAUCAUCCGACUUCAACAGAGAGAAGCAGAAGAUAAAGCAAAAGUAUAAACAAAAAAAUCUUGGGUUCUACUCAGAUGAAGAUGAUCAUGGUAGACAAAGUGAGAAACAUUUAAAAUUGAAAAGCAAGAGAGAGGUUGAUCAAGAUGAUCUUGGAUCUUCUAAGAAACCUAGAAAAGAAAUCUUGCAAUAUUCUGACAAAGAAUGUUCCAACCAUAAUUUAUCUAUGGAGGCUUUUGAGGAAACUGGCAUUGGUGGUUGUUCAACCGCAGGAAUUGCUACUAAUGAGUCCAAGCAGAGGAAACUGCCAAUGCCAAAAGACUUAAAAUGUGACUCGGAUGUCAAUUCCGCUGCGUCAUCAAAGAGGUUGCGGGAUGAAGUUCAGUUCAAUGCUUUAUAUGUUGAUAAGUCAAAUAAUCUGGACCUUUCUGCUAAGAAAAGGAAAGUAAAAGAGUGGCAAGAGGGUGAGCCCAAUCAUGAGGCUCUUGUGACUAGCCAACAUUUGGUAGAAAAUGAGGUUAUUGUUAAAGGAGCUCUAAGUGAAUCGAAGCCUGUAAAGAACAGGAAGGCGUUGUUAUCAAUACCUGAAGGAGAAGGAUCUAAAGCAACUAAACUGAAUAGCAAGAUGGAUCAAAAAGGUAAAUUGACCAGAAUGGCUUUGCCUGCCAGUAUAGAGCAUCUACCUGAUCGAAUAAAUAGGCAAGCCUCAUAUACGAUGGUAGAAGAGCAUAGGUCAAAUCAGAGCCGAGGGAACUCAGCAUCUCCAAGGAACUUGGAAUUCAAUUUCUUGAAGGGGGAUAUGGUCCAUUCACAGCCUCUUGCUGCAGCUAACUCAAGUUCUUCAAAGGUUUCAGGCUCCCGGAAAAGUAGAUCCAAUCUUAAGGAAACAAAAGGUUCUCCAAUUGAGUCAGUUUCUUCAUCACCUUCAAGGAUUCCUAGAAUUGAAAAACCUUCAUGCAAAAGGAUCUUGGAGCAAAAUGUUGAUGUGAUCAAUUCUGGUUUCUCAGUCUUAAGGAGCCCCAAAGGAUGCGCAGAUAGUGAAGUUAAUGGUGGAAGUGCCCCGUCUGGAAAUGAUAGGAAAGAGAGAGUCUUUUCUCUUCAACAUAGAGGUUGUAAAUCUGAUUUGGGUAAGAGUAAACUUCGGAUUUCUGGUUCUUGCAAGGAGAUGAAUUUGCAAUCUACAAAGAACAGCAUUGGAUGCAGACUUGAGGAUAGCUUCGGUCCUUGUGAGAGUGAAAAAGGCAACACCCAGGAGAAGGAUGAGAAGGAUAUCUUGAGGAAAAAAGACGUUACUUUGAAAUGGAUGACCGUUAGGCAAGAUAAUAUCUCGACUUUGACAGUGCAAGAAAACAUGAAUGCUAAUGGCACUUCUCAAAAUGAAAAAGCAUUGAACCACCCUUGUUCAGAUAGGAUUAAUUGCGGAGAAUUGCCUUCUGAGCUAGGAAGGUCUCAGUUGAAGCUGACUUCUGGUAAUGAACAAGAAACAAAGUCUUGGGGUCCUCCUUUGGUAUCUUCACCUCUCAAGGCAAGUAAAACAGCUCUUGAGGUAGUUGAUGCAGUUAGUGCUGAUGUUUUGAAUUUUGUCAAACAACAUAAACAACCAGAUAUCCGCAAUGGAUUGCACCAUAAUAAUCUGAGACAUGCUGCUCCUGAUGGUCCUGACCCAUCGAGUCCAAUAAGAAAGGAAAAUCAUUCUGUUAUGUUGAAAGAGGCAAGAGAUCUUAAGCAUACAGCCAAUCGCUUAAAGAGUGAAGGACUGGAACUUGAAAGCACUGCCCUGUACUUUGAGGCAGCCAUGAAGUUUCUGCAUGUUGCUGCUCUCAUGGAACCUAUCAAUUUUGAUUGUGCUAAACAAGCAGAAGCAGGCCAAAUGUACUUUGAAACAGCAAAACUAUGCAAAUUUGUGGCCCAUGAAUACGAAAAGAUCAAGGAGAUGGCUGCUACUGCUUUAGCAUACAAAUGCGUUGAAGUAGCCUAUAUGAAGUCUGCAUACAGUAAAAGACCUAAUGCAAGCAAAGACCUUAAUGAAUUGCAAGCAGCUUUUCAGUUUCUUCCUCCAGGUGAAUCACCAUCAUCUUCUGCUUCAGAUGUUGAUAAUUUAAACAAUCAGGCUAUAUUAGGCAAGGAUGCUUCAGGCAAGGAUGGAAGUUCUCCUCAAGUUGCUGGCAACUCUGUCAUAGCUGCACGCCAUCACCAACUUAUGUGGUUGCUCCGUUAUAUAAAUGAUAUAAAUUGUGCAUUUGAAGCGACUAGGAAAUCACAUAUUGCUUUUGAAGCUGCUAUUGUCAGCCUGCAAAAGGAUAGGGUGGAUGGCAUGUCGUAUGUAAGAAAGGCUCUUGAUUGCAACUUUUAUAACAUAGAAGGGUUACUGCGACUUGUACGGCUUUCACUGGAGUCUAUUGGUCGUUAAAAGUCUGAGAUAAAGGCGAAUUCUUCUGUGAAAAAUAACUGUAGAUAAUGUCUCUUCCGGCCACUCUGCUAUGCUGGACAUGCUGCGGUGAAUAUUGGUGAUUGGUAGUAUUUGACUUUCUGAUAGGAUACUAUUUCUUCUUGAAGAUAUCCACAUUCUUUGGGUUCUUUUCCUGGAAAAUUUGUAGGAAGAGGCCAGCUUGCAAAUUUUGUAUAGUGUCUUUUGCACCCAGCAUUGUAUCAGACUCUGAUAAGAGCUUAGGCUAUCAACCAACAGCACUAUUGAUGUGAGAUAUGAAUUGGGUUUCUUCCUGUGCCUUAAAACAAGGUGGAAACUAUGCAACAAAUAAAGGUGUUUUUCACACUCCAGAUAUGAAUUUGGGCUUUCUGGUAACUGUGCUAUGAAUGAAUAAACUGACAUGUUAUGGUUUACUUGAUCUUCAAGGCCUUUUCUUCCGUCACUUCAAAGUAUCUGAAAACAUGUCAGAAAUUUAUACAUAUACAAGCUUUCUACUAACAGUUUGAUAUGAAGUGCCAAGUAUCUCUUCCAAACGCAAUGCACCUCUCUCAAUUGCAAUGAAGCCCAGAGUACUGACAUAAUCUAUCAUGAUUGGAUAUGGCUGCACGAUUUGGCAUCGACCUGGCAGCACUUUGCUGUUGUCAUCAGUGAGCAUUUUCAUUUGCGAAUUGUACAGAAGAGUGUUUGGAGUUGGAACUCUGACUCUCUGUCCCAUUUGUAAUUAGAGAGUACUGAAUUGAAUUGAUUCAUUUUCUGAUAAAAAUCUAUGUAACUUAAUAUGACAUUGACAGGAUUAUGGGCAUAGAAGUGCCUAAUAGAUUCUUUGUACAGUUCUUGAUCUUA